UCUCUUUAUCUCUCUCCUGUCAGUCUCUUCUCCUUAUUUUUCAUUCUUUCUUCCUGCAUGAGGCAACCUGAAUGAGGCAACAAUGGCGAAAACUCUGGUGCUUUGCUUCAUAUUUUCUGCUUUAUUUGGAGCUGUAAUCGCUUCAGGUUUUACAGAAGAAGACAGGCUAAUAGAGCCAACCCAGUUGGAGAAGUUCGUUGACGAGCUUCCGGAUAUGCCCAGAAUCCAAGGUUUUGAGGCGGUCAAUGGCCUUCUGAAACCAAAAUUACUCAACAUUGGCAUGUUCAUGAAGAAAUGGAAGUUUCACAGAGACCUUCCACCAGGCCCAGUGUUUGCUUACGGUACAUCAAAGCAAGCAGCUUCUGUUCCUGGUCCAACGAUCGAGGCCCUCCGUGGUACUGACACAUAUGUGACGUGGCAGAAUCACCUCCCUUCAAAACACAUACUUCCGUGGGACCCGACAAUCCUCACCGCCAUUCCAUCAACCAAGAAGGGCAUCCCUACCGUGGUGCACCUCCAUGCCGCCAUCGAUGAACCCGAGAGUGAUGGAAACCCAAACUCAUGGUUCACCGUUGGAUUCGAAGAAACGGGACCCACCUGGUCCAAGAAAACUUAUCACUACCGCAACUUGCAACAGCCAGGAAAUUUAUGGUACCAUGAUCACGCCAUGGGUUUGACUCGAGUCAACUUAUUGGCUGGCUUGAGUGGGGCCUACAUUAUCCGUGAUCAUGACGUGGAAGCCCCAUUUGAACUUCCCAGUGGUGAUGAGUUCGAUCGACCGUUGAUCGUGUUUGAUCGUAGCUUCCGUACGGAUGGUACAAUAUACAUGAAUUCCACUGGAAAUAAUCCCUCUAUUCAUCCACAGUGGCGACCCGAGUAUUUUGGCGACACAAUAAUAGUGAACGGAAAAGUGUGGCCACGUAUGCAAGUACGACGUCGUAAAUACAGGUUCCGUAUACUGAACGCUUGCAAUGCUAGAUAUUUGAGAUUAUUCUUCACCAACGGUCUGGGAUUCACCCACGUGGCGUCUGACUCAACGUAUCUUGAACAGCCCGUCACGACCAACGAGACCCUGCUGGCACCAUCUGAGAUUGCCGACGUGGUCGUUGAUUUUUCAAUGUCAAAUUCCGAUUUUGCCAUUUUGUCAAAUACUGCACCUUAUCCUUUCCCAUCGGGUCAACCCGUCAAUGAAGCCAACAGUAAGAUCAUGAAAUUCAUCAUAAGGAAAGAUCACGAGAAUGACACAUGGCGCAUGCCCAGCAAGUUGAUAAAAUACCCUUCACCUGAAUUAUCCAGUGCAUCGCACACACGGUACAUUGUUAUGAACCAGUACGUCAGUGACACUAACAAGUCUACUCAUUUUUUAAUCAACGGAAAAUCGUAUGAAGAGCCGGUGACUGAAUCUCCUGUAGUCGGGUCCAGCGAAGUGUGGAAUGUGAUCAAUCUGACGCCAGAUAAUCAUCCAUUUCACAUUCAUUUGGGAUUGUUUGUAGUAUUGGAUCAGACGGAGCUGGUAGAAAUGGAGGAGUUUAAAGCGUGCAUGAUGAAGCUCAACGAUGCAAUCAACUGCCACGCAAGUAAAUAUGCAAGUGGCAAGAAGAAAGCAGUGCCAGCACACGAGAAGGGAUGGAAGAACGUCUACAAGAUAAUGCCUGGAUAUAUGACGACGAUACUGGUGAGAUUUUCUUAUAUACAUUCAAAUGUAACAUAUCCCUUCGAUGCAACUGCUGAGCCUGGCUACGUAUACCAUUGCCACAUCCUGGGUCACGAAGACAAUGAAAUGAUGAGGCCGCUGAAGCUUAUCAACAAGAAGGCUGAAAGAAAUAAUAUUGAUGUUACUUGGUUUAUAAUUUAUAGGAAAAGAUUAAUAGGUUUAUUAGAAAAGUUUCUCAAUAUGAUGUAAAACCCUAAGAAAAACAAAAUUGAUUGUAAAGGCAAUUUUAUAAUUAGCCUUUGAUUUGACCC